CACGCCCGAGACGGGCCUCGCCGAGCUGGAGGGUGAGUCUGCUGUGAAGCGGUGCCCGCUUGAGGCGAUGCGCCGGGAGAUCGGCCGCUGUGACGCGACGAAGCGAUCAUUCGCGCGCAGGCGUGUGGGUUUCAGAAGGCAGAGAGAGAGAGAGCUCGACAGGGGGCGGAGGAUAGGAGGUCAAGCGCAUGCCGUGAACCCUUCUCGCUCCAUAGUGCUCCUCAGAUGCGUUCUUCUAACGCUCGCCGUGCAGCCUUCCUGGCUGAGCAGCCGUUCGCCUUCGUGACGGACGCCUCGCGCUCCUUCGUCAUGUGUGUCGCGACCUCGGAGGAUCUCUCGCGCUACAUUUCGCGGCGCGGUCUCGGUCCGGCCGCCGCGGCACCGAUGGACGUCGAUGGCAACACGACGCCGACACAUGCGGGCGCCUCGGGCUCGGCUGCCGACGCUGCCGAGCAGCGGCAACCGCUGAGCCGGAGGGAGGAGGAGGAGAAGCGCAAGGACCGCACCCUUGGCGAAUUCCUGGGCAUGCUGGAUGGCUACGACCCGCUGAUCCCGGACGAGGUGACGGAGUACUACCUGGCCAAGGUCGGCUUCGAGUGCGAUGACCAGCGCGUCAAGCGACUGCUCUCGCUUGCAGCCGAGAAGUUCGUCUCCGACAUCGCCACGGACGCCUUCCAGUACGCGCGCAUCCGCACCAACGCCGGCCCAGGGCGACAGCGUGCCGGCGCGGCGGGCGCAAAGGAGCGGGCGCGCACCGUACUCACCAUGGACGACCUCUCGGCGGCGCUGGGCGAGUACGGCAUCAACGCCAAGCGCGCCGAGUUCUACCGCUAGAGCUGCUGCUAGACGAGCGAAGGGCGAGAGACGGAGAGACGUACACGCGACAGACCAAUGACAUACCACACGACACACGCA